AUGUCGCUUUUUCCUUUCCGUGAGGAGCGGCACAUCAACCAGCUGUACGAGACGGAUGACAUCUACGACUUUAUUGGGCGUGGGACGUUUGCGUCGGUGUUUAAGGCUGUGAGUCUUGUGGAUGGGGCGGAGCUGCGGAAGGGUGACACGGUUGCGUUGAAGGUGUUCAACAAGCGCGACCUCACCUCUGAAAAGAUGCGGCUGGACGUCAUCAACGAGGUAGAGGUUCUUCGGCGGAUAAAUCACAAGAACUGCGUGCGGCUGCUGGACUACUUUCAAACACCGCUGCAUCUUGUGAUUGUGAUGAACUACGUGGACGGGACGGAGCUUUUUAAGGCCCUCCGCGACACGGUAUUUACAGAGGCACAGGUGCGAUUCGUGACACAGCAGCUACUAGAGGCGCUAGAUUACCUUCACAACGUCGUUGGUGUUGUGCACCGCGACGUUAAACCAGAAAAUAUAUUAGUAACGCUCAUGGAGAACGACGAGUUCCACGUGACUUUGGUGGACUUUGGCCUCGCGCGGUCGCUCGCUCGCAAGAGUGGUGGGCGCAGACGCUUGGGGAGUGCACGGUUCUCACUGCGUGCCAUGCCGGAGUCUCCCUCUGUGGAAUCACCGGAUUCCCAUUGUGACAGCCCGCUCAUUGCCACACCAUGCGGGACGCUGAACUACGCGGCACCCGAGACGGUGAAGAGCCUCACGCAGAGCGGUGGACAACUCGCCACAACGCCGGACCUCCUUGCCCGCAUGGACGUUUAUGCAGUAGGCACCAUUUUGUACGUCAUGCUAGUCGGGAAGCUUCCCUUCCGUCACUGCGGGAACAAGCUGCAACUUGUAAGGAGAUGGAGGCCGGACCACCCUUCGCCGAGACGCGAUGGAGCAGCUUGCCCCACGAAGCUAUUGAACUGA